AUGACUACAGCUCUAUCUUACUAUAAAGCGCUUUAUAAGAAGAUCAAUCGUCUUCCCAUUGAUUUGCGAAGUCUAGCAAUUGCAAAGUGCAUCGCCAGAGAUGCCUUCAGGGUUGGAAAGAAAGUACCAAAUAGUCCCAUUGAAGACCCCAAGAGGUAUAAAAAGGUGUCUCAGUUGGCGGACUCCGUGUUAAAUGGUGACUUCUACCUAAUAUCUGAGGUUUUGGAUUUAAUUUACAAAGACCCACUACCGCAGAAGCAUUGGAUCGCCAAAUUCCUUCACACGAAAUACAGUGCCUUCAAACCCGUGUGGCCCGUUGUCCACCUUCUACACCAAUUCGGUAAAGACAAACACAAGGAUCUAUAUGAUAGAGAGCUUCUCAGAAGCACCCCUGAGAGUCAAGAAUUCCUGGUCAUGAAGGAGAUGAAUCUUACUCUUUCCCCAGAUGAUAUUCCAAUCAAACCAAUUCAAAAGAUUCACCAGAAUCAAGGCAUUGACAACUUGGUGAAACAAAUGCAAGACUUUUAUAAAUUCAUUUGCCGACAUCCUGAUGUUUUGCUUGAUCACAAGGCUAAAUCUUUUGAAAUUGUUCUCGAACCCACGCGAUUUGGCUUACCAAAGAGUGUUGCUGCUAGAGAGCGGGACUACAAGACAAAAAUAGGUUACAUGAAGCAAAUAUUGCAACACGUUCAUAAACUAUAG